AUGGAGGCCGACAUGGACAUGAGCUUCGAUUUCUCUUGGGAGACGCCUAACUUCUUCGAGGCCCAGGUGCUGGAGCUCGGCGUCGUCGACAGCCUUGUUGAUUGUUGCAGUAUGUACCUGCCGGCUGAGGACUCGCUGUCCGGUCUGUACUCCUGCAGCUACGACGACUCGAGCUCGCCGGACGGCGCCAGCUCGUGGUCGACGGCCAUGACGAUGGCAACCCGCGCGAGCAAGAACAUAAUCAUGGAGAGGGACCGUCGCAGGAGGCUCAACGAGAAGCUUUACAACCUCCGCGGCGUGGUUCCAAACAUCACCAAGAUGGACAAGGCGUCCAUCAUCCAGGACGCCAUCGCGUACAUCGAGGCGCUGCAGGAGCAGGAGCGGCAGCUUCUAGCCGAGAUAUCCGACCUCGAACCAGACAACUGCACCGCCAUGGUCAAGGCGGAGGACGUCGCCUCCGUCGGGAGCCAAGCGGAGGAAGACGGCGUGGGCUUGCCGCGGCGGAAGAAGAUGAGGAGGACUAGCUCCGCCUCCUCCGUCAACGACGCCAUCACUUCCCCUGCCACGUAUCCGGUCGAAAUCCUCGAGCUGGAGGUGACGAAUGUAGCGGAGAAGCUGUCGGUGGUGAGCCUGAGGCACGGCAAGGCGCGGGACGCCAUGGCCAAGGUGUGCGGGGCGCUGCAGUCGCUCUGUCUCAAGGUCAUCACGGCAAGCGUCACCACCGUGGCCGGCAGCAUGGUCCACACCAUGUUCAUCCAGACGGAAGGGAUGGAUGGUGCUCGGACAAUCAAGGAGCUGAUACAGGUUGCACUCCACCAUCUCAAAUGA